CCGGCAAGCAGGUUUCUGAGAGAAGCGGUAGCGGCGCCAUGGUGGAUUACAGCGUAUGGGAUAAGAUUGAGGUGUCCGACGAUGAGGACGAGACUCACCCCAAUAUCGACACGCCCAGCCUCUUCCGAUGGCGGCACCAGGCUCGAGUUGAAAGGAUGGAACAGUUCCACAAGGAGAAAGAGGAGGUGGAGAAAGGGUGCCGGGACUGCAAAAGGAAAGUAAAUGAGUGCCAGAAGAAGAUGAAAGAACUUGAAUUGGCCAACGCAGAGAGCACCAAAAGUGAGAUGCAAAGGCUACAGGCUGAGGCACAGCAACUCAAAAAAGAAGAGAAGAGCUGGGAAGAGAAGGUGGAAACACUCAGGAAGAAGGAAAAGAAUAUGCCUUGGAAUGUGGAUACUCUUAGCAAAGAUGGCUUCAGUAAGAGUGCCUUCAACAUCAAGGCUGAGAAGCAGGAUGAGGAGUCUGAAGAACAGAAAGAGAAGAAGCACAAAACAUUUGUGGAAAAGUAUGAGAAACAAAUCAAGCACUUUGGAAUGCUGCGGCGAUGGGAUGACAGCCAGAAAUACCUGUCUGAUAACCCACAUCUUGUGUGUGAGGAGACAGCCAAUUACUUAGUCAUCUGGUGUAUUGAUCUGGAAGUAGAAGAGAAACAUGCUUUGAUGGAACAAGUGGCCCAUCAGACCAUAGCGAUGCAGUUCAUCCUGGAGCUGGCCAAGAGCUUGAAGGUUGACCCUAGAGCCUGUUUCAGGCAAUUCUUCACUAAAAUCAAGACUGCUGACCAGCAGUACAUGGAAGGCUUUAAUGAUGAACUGGAAUCCUUCAAAGAGAGGGUGCGAGGCCGGGCCAAGGCACGCGUCGAAAGAGCCAUGAAAGAGUAUGAAGAAGAAGAGCGGCAGAAACGACUGGGACCUGGAGGCCUUGAUCCUGUGGAUGUGUAUGAAUCGCUCCCAUCUGAGCUCCAGAAAUGCUUUGAUGUGAAAGAUGUGCAGAUGCUUCAGGAUGCUAUCAGCAAAAUGGAUCCUACUCAAGCGAAAUACCACAUGCAGCGAUGCAUUGAUUCCGGCCUGUGGGUGCCAAAUUCACGGAUGACAGAGGGAGCUGAGAAGGCAGAAGGUGUCUAUGAAGAGUUGAAGAGGGAGAGCUGCGAGGAAGAUAAAGGAAACCCUUGAAGCUUCGGCCAGCUGUCUGUAAAACAGAAUGCCCCUGUCAACCUCUGUCCGUUCUUCUUUCCUUUCACACCAAACUGUUCAGCGAUGAUGUGCUUUUCACACUUAGACACUUCUUGAAUUGUAUGAGCUGCUUCUCGACUGGCUCUCUCGCUCACCACAUCAAAACACACCCCUGAGGCCCUGCAGCAUUGUCACCUGUUGGAAGCCAACAUUUUAGGGGAGGUUGUGCAACUCAGCACAGGCUCACAGGGGCUUGGCAUGGCAGUUCCGCCUUCUCUCUUGUUGUGGUAUUGCCAGUCAGCGUCAUAGUUGCAAACGUGCUGUUAUAUCUUAUCUUUUUGUUUGGCAACCAGUUAAAGCUAUUGAGCAAAUAAAAAGAUUGAAAUA